AUGACAGUUGAUAUUCCCAGUCUGUCGACUUUCAGUAAUCCGCUGCUUUGUUCCAACACCAAGGAGACGUCAUGUCAGGCACAUGCUGUACUUUACUGCUCAAAAGAUUGUCAGGCUGCAGAUUGGUCUCGUCACAAGAAGGGAUGUAAAUCCCCAUUCAUGAAAGACACUUGGGAGCCCGAGUGGUAUCGUAAUGGUCGUCAGCCCGCUUUUAUCAGCGAGGGUCCCUCACACGCUGGGUUCGGCAACAGAAAGUAUCUCUGGGGCAACAUGCCUGCUCUUGAUAUUCUGCAGCUUGAGAACAAUGAAGGCAGGACCAGUGCAACGAGUCACGACUUCAAUCUUCUCUUUGCCGCGUCGGGCGAUCUUCGAAAUGCCAUCAAAACUAUUGCUGGGCUGCCAGAGGGAUACAAAGGUGAAUGUGUUGCUGUCUUGAACGAUAAGGAUUUCAUCAUCGUGGCCCGCAAUGCCAUCAUGCUUCUCAUUGCGCUCCAACUCGAACCAGACAUUGCAGUACCGAUGAUCAUCCAUUUAUGGUACUCAGCAUUACUUCCUCACGAUAUGGUACAGGCUAUUCAGUCCACCAUCCUUCCCAUGAUCGAAGAUGUUUGCCAGAAGAUCAAGAACAAGCCCGGCAAUACAUUACAGGCAAAGACAUUUGACAUAGGCAGCCGAAAGCUGAGCAUAACACUGAAGAAAGACGAAUGGGCUCGCUUGGCGACGUUUUGCCAGGUUCCGGAAGGACUGUCAGCAGAAGCUGCUCAACGAAUUCGCCGCCGCAUCACGCUAGCUCCCGAGAGAGUCGACUAUCGUGAUCGAGCUAUGCUGAAAAUGUCUGCUGGUGUUCGCCAGGGAGAAAUGUACUUUCGCCAUACUGGCAUCUUGCUGCCUUAUGGUUGUUCCACCACAGACUUCGACACACCCAACCCCACACUGUUCUUCCAAAAUGACUGGCUGAUGAACGAUGACGCUAGUCCCCGCGGUGGCUGGCUUUUUGAUGAGUAUCUGGAGGACGCUCCAGCUGCGAAAGCAGAUGAGUUCGGUGCUAUCUUCUUUCACAUCAGAGGACUACUUUGUAGGUUCUGCAGCCGGCUACGAAGCUCUAACAUCUCGUUCCGGCUGUUCAACAUGGAUGCCCAAGAUAUAGGACCCUAUCUCGAUGACAUGAAGUUUGACCGUAUCGAGAUCUCCAAUAUAUGCGAUCGAGGUUAUGUCGGCCCGCACACUUGUCUCCAGAUCUUCUCGCGACUCCUCAAGCCGACUUCACAGAACCCAAAAGCCACGCUACUUAUGCUCUUCAUAAAUGCUGCCGUGGAAAUCGAUCACGAAGCAAACCCACAAGGAGAUAUACAGUCGCUUGUACCGGCGAUGGAACGCCUUAAAAAGUACAUCCCAUUCGACAAAUCCCGUGUAAAUAUGAAUAGAGCUGGAAUGAAUCCAGGUCCACAUCCUGACCUAAUCUUGCGUAUUACCUGCUCCGAUAUGUUCAAACCGUGGGACAAGCACUUCGAUGUUUUCAUGGAUGAGUGCAGGAUUACGCAGUUUGCUACGCUGUGUGGGAUGGCUAUCAAGGAGAAACACACUAUUGUCCAGCCUUGGCCAUACAGGGUUGAGAAUCAAACGACAAAAAAGGAUUUUGAUGUUCUGCGUGCCAGCAGUACAACUGGGUUUGAGCGAUACAUGGAGUUUCAGAAGCUUGAAAACAUCUGA